AUGAGCACGGUAUAUGAUGACAAUCCUUCCCUAGCGCAAAGGGAUGCUUGGGCGAGAGAACAAUCGGAGUUAAAGUUGAGAUUAAUCGAGGUCGAUGAUCUAAGUUUCAAAAGGAUCACUUUGGAUAAAGACGGGAUGGUGGAAUUUGAGGGAUUAAAUUUUAUCGGGGGUGUGGAUGUCAGUUUUAUUGAGAAUAAUGAACAAGAUGCUGUAGCGUCUUUGGUGGUCCUAAAAUAUCCGAGCCUCGAUGUAAUUUAUGAGGAUUUUAGAAUGGUUAAAUUGAAACUUCCAUAUAUUGCUGGUUUUCUGGCAUUUCGCGAGGUCAAACCUUUGGUCGAAUUACUUAGUACUCUUCGGCAAACAAAUCCCACGAUCUACCCCCAGGUAAUAUUAGUUGACGGUAAUGGCACACUUCAUCCAAGACGAUUUGGAUUGGCUAGUCAUCUAGGGGUUCUAGCGAAUGUUCCUACGGUUGGUGUCGGAAAAAAUUUUUUACACAUCGAUGAUGGCGACAAGAUGUCCAUGAGUUACGUAAAAAGCACGGUCAAAGAAUCUCUGAGAAAAGGAGGCGACUCUUAUCUUCUCCGAGGGGAUUCGGGAGCCGUACGGAGCCUGGAGAGUACAACCAAUCCAAUAUAUGUUUCAAUUGGGCACCGGAUAAGUCUAGAGACUGCCGUUCAUUUAGUAUUGAAGUGCUGUCGAUAUCGCAUUCCAGAGCCCAUAAGACAAGCUGAUUCUUCUUCAUCGGUUUCAGGUUCGGCAUCGUCCUAUAAUCGAAAUACUAUAUUAAUUAAUCAGGACAGUGGUAAAGCAUUUACGGAGAAUAUAUGUAAUCUUACAUCUGGCACAUUGUUAUCUGCUUCCGCUUUAUACUCGGAUUCUUUGUAUAGAUCAAAUUCUUUAGGUUCGCUGGGGGAUUUGGUUUGGAAUGAAUCCUGCUCUAGGCUUUUGUCUUCAGAUGAAAUUGACCAGACAUUGUGUUCUGACAUUAAGGAAGUCGAAGAUGUUAUUGAAGAUGUCAAUCUUUUUGUUUCAAGAUGGGACGAUGAAGAAUUCGUAAUUACAUUCGCGAUUCUAUUAGUUGAAGGUUCCAAUUACAAGACAAGACGUAUACCGGAACUUCAACUUACAGCGGUGCGGCUCGUCCACGAGGCCACUGGUGCGGAACACUUGCACAUAGCACGCGAGGAUGAUAACAAUGUUUUCGGUGUAGGAUUUUCUACCCCACCCACGGAUAGCAGUGGAACGCCCCACAUUUUGGAACACACGACGCUUUGUGGCAGCAAAAAAUUUCCCGUGAGGGAUCCAUUCUUCAAGAUGUUAAAUCGCAGCUUGGCCAAUUUCAUGAAUGCAUUUACAGCCGAUGAUUACACCAUAUAUCCAUUUUCUACCACGCAUCGGCUGGAUUACGAGAAUUUGAGAGAUGUUUACAUGGACUCGACGUUUCAUCCAAACUUAAGGGAGCUCGAUUUCAGACAAGAAGGAUGGAGAUUGGAACAUCAGGUUCCGCAGGAUAGGUCGACGCCUUUGCAAUUCAAAGGGGUGGUGUAUAACGAGAUGAAAGGACAGAUGUCGGAUGUGGGAUACCUAUUUUGUUCGCAAGUUCAGAAACACAUGUUUCCGGGAACUUCAUACGAGCAUAAUAGCGGCGGCGAACCGAGACAUAUUACGGAUUUAACAUACGAGGAACUUUUGAGGUUUCACCGAUUUCAUUAUCAUCCAAGCAAUGCAAAGUUCUAUACCUAUGGAAACUUUCCCCUAGAAGAACAUCUGACGGUUAUUGACGAUAAGAUAAAGGGGUUCGGGAAAUCAAAACCCGACAAGGGUGUCAAGUCUCCCAAUUCGUCCGAAUUCCCAAAGAGAGUGAAAAUUUCUGGACCUCUCGAUCCAAUGAAUAGUCCUGAAAAACAGACUUGGUUUUCCAUUUCCUAUUUGGCAUGCGACACAAACGCAAGUUAUCACAAUAAUCCUUAUUCCGUUUUGACGACAUCGUUGGACGUAUUCGAGUCAUUCGCGCUGAGAAUGUUUGCCUAUCUGUUGCUGGAUGGACACGCAUCGCCAAUGCAUAAAGCAUUGAUAGACACAAAUAUAGGUUCUGGAUUUUCUGAUAACACGGGAUACGACAGUUCUACCAAAAUGAGCUCAUUAUCUAUUGGGUUACAAGGCAUGAGGUCACAAGACAUAGAGUUGGUAAGCGGAUCUGAUCUCGAUCUCAAUGACUCGAAAAUGGAAAAAAGUCUGAAUGCGGAAGAAACUAUCAAGAAGGUGUUUGAAGAUGUACGCAAGGAUGGGUUCGACCCCAGACGCAUUGAGGCAGCUUUGCAUCAGACAGAGUUGGGCAAAAAACACAAAACUGCGGACUUUGGGCUGAAUCUGAUGCAUGGCCUGAGUUCCGGCUGGUUUAAUGGCAUAAAUCCUGCUGAUCUCUUGGAAAUCAAUAAGGUGAAUAUCGAAGAGCUAAGAGAAAAAAUCAAAUCCGGUCCAUUCUUCCAGUCCCUGGUCGAAAAACAUUUCCUCAACAAUCCUCACACUCUCACCUGCAUAAUGGAACCCGAUCCAAACUUCACCGAGAUCAUCAAUGCCGAAGAAUCGAAGCGUCUAGAAUCGAGAAUAUCCACUAUGACGCCAUCCGAUCAAGAACAGGUUUAUGUGCAAUCUUUGGAAUUGCUCAAGAAACAAGAAGAGAAAGAGGAUCUAUCAGUGUUGCCCACGUUGAAGGUCGAGGAUAUACCAUUGGAGAUGCAAAGAUUCCCACUGCAUAUCGAUAAUAUCGACGGAUGUGAAGUACAAUGGAGAAAGACGGCAACUAAUGGGAUCACUUAUUUCAAGGCCUUUGACAGGAUCGAAGGUUUACCGGAGGAUUUGAGAUUGUACUUGCCUUUGUUCACCCAGGCAUUGACGUCAUUAGGUACGAAAAAAAAAACUAUGGCCGAAUUGGAAGAUGAAAUUCGUCUUUAUACGGAUCCCAAGACAUUGGAAACUUUAGAAACCUAUCGCCAAUCCAUCGACUGGGUUUUGAAUCGGAAGUUCACCCAACAGGAAAUCGAUGAGGCAAAAUUAUCAAUAUUUCAAGGUAUUGACGCGCCGAUAAGCGUUGCACAGGAAGGAAUGAUUUAUUUCGGCGAUCGAAUUUCUGAUGAUCUAAGACAAAGACGACGCGAACAGUUACUGAAUGUGACCGAAGAAGAUGUUAAAUCCGCGGCAAGCGCAUAUCUAAAACAACACGAGGCAACGAAGGAUUACUCUGUUGCCAUCAUUGGCGAGGAGAACGAGGAGAUUGAAAAAAAUGAUGAAUACAGUGUUUACAGGUUAAAGAUCGAUGGGAAUGGGGGUGAAGAAGAAGAUUAG